AUCUCAGUCGGUGCCCCAGUUCCUACGAUGGCAGGUUCCUCCGGGGAGCAGGCUCCUGACUACAGGUCCAUCCUGAGCAUUAGUGACGAGGCAGCCAGGGUGCAGGCCCUGAACGAGCACCUCAGCACGCGUAGCUAUAUCCAGGGGUACUCCCUGUCCCAGGCAGACGUGGACGUGUUCAGGCAGCUCUCGGCCCCUCCCGCUGACGCACACCUCUUCCACGUGGCUCGGUGGUUCAGGCAUGUAGAAGCGAUCCUGGGCGCCCCCCACAGCAGAGGCGAGCCCUGUGGGCACCAAGCAAGUAAAGGCCGGCGGGCACAGCCUCAGUGGUCUCCUCCAUCCGGGUCCGAGUCAUGCAAGCUCCGCCUGUACAACAGCCUCACUCGGAGCAAGGACGUGUUUCUACCUCAAAAUGGGAGAAGGGUGACAUGGUACUGCUGCGGUCCGACCGUUUACGAUGCAUCUCACAUGGGCCACGCCAGGUCCUACAUCUCGUUCGACAUCCUGAGAAGAGUGCUUAGGGACUACUUCAAGUAUGACGUCUUCUACUGCAUGAACAUCACAGAUAUUGAUGAUAAGAUCAUCAGGAGGGCCCGGCAGAACCACUUGUUUGACCGGUAUCGGGAGAGGCAGCCCCAGGCCGCACAGCUCCUGGAUGAUGUCCACGCGGCCCUGAAGCUGUUUUCAGCAAAAUUGAGUGAGACCACGGACCCUGCCAGAAAGCAGAUGCUGGAACACAUUCAGCGCACAGUGGAGCUCGCCGCAGAGCCGCUGCAGAGAGCUAUGGAGGCGGGCCUCACCACAGAGGGCAACAGCUGUGUGGAGGUAUUGUUGGAAGAAGCCAAGGAUUUGCUUUCUGACUGGCUGGACUCCACACUUGGCAGUGAGGUGACUGACAAUUCCAUCUUCUCCCAGCUGCCCAAGUUCUGGGAAGGGGAGUUCCACAAGGACAUGGAGGCCCUGAACGUUCUCCCUCCCGACGUCUUAACCCGAGUUAGUGAGUAUGUGCCCGAGAUCGUGAGCUUCGUCCAGAAGAUUGUGGACAACGGUUACGGCUAUGCUUCCAACGGGUCUGUCUACUUUGACACAGUGAAGUUUGCUUCUAGUGAGGGGCACUCUUACGGGAAGCUGGUGCCUGAGGCUGUUGGGGACCAGAGAGCCCUGCAGGAGGGAGAAGGCGACCUCAGCAUCUCGGCAGACCGCCUGAGUGAGAAGCGGUCCCCCAGCGACUUCGCCCUGUGGAAAGCCUCCAAGCCGGGGGAGCCAUCCUGGCCAUGCCCCUGGGGAAGGGGGCGCCCAGGGUGGCACAUCGAAUGCUCUGCCAUGGCAAGCACCCUCCUUGGAGCCUCGAUGGACAUUCACGGAGGAGGCUUCGACCUCCGGUUCCCCCACCAUGAUAAUGAGCUGGCGCAGUCAGAGGCCUACUUUGAAAAUGACUGCUGGGUCAGGUACUUCCUGCACACAGGCCACCUGACGAUCGCAGGCUGCAAAAUGUCCAAAUCACUCAAAAACUUCAUCACCAUUAAAGAUGCCUUGAAGAAGCAUUCAGCGCGGCAGCUGAGGCUGGCCUUCCUCAUGCACUCCUGGAAGGACACGCUGGACUAUUCGAGCAACACCAUGGAGUCUGCGCUUCAGUAUGAGAAGCUCAUGAAUGAGUUUUUCUUAAAUGUGAAAGACAUCCUUCGAGCUCCUGUUGAUGUAACCGGUCAGUUUGAGAAGUGGGAAGAUGAGGAGGCAGCGCUGAAUAAGUGCUUCUACAACAAGAAGAUGGUGGUGCACGAAGCCCUGUGUGACAACAUUGACACACGCACUGUCUUGGAAGAAAUGCGGGCCCUGGUGGGCCAGUGCAACCUCUACAUGGCGGCCCGGAAGGCCGCAAGAAGGCGGCCUAACCGUGCCGUGCUGCAGAGCAUCGCGCAGUACCUCACCCACAUGCUGAAGGUCUUCGGGGCCAUAGAAGAGGAAAGCUCCCUGGGCUUCCCAGUGAGGGGACCUGGAACCUGCCUGAAUCUCGAGGCCACGGUCACGCCAUACCUCCAGGUGCUGUCGGAAUUCAGAGAAGGGGUGAGGAGGAUUGCCCGGGAGCAGCACGUCCCUGAGGUCCUUGAACUUAGUGAUGCUCUGCGGGACAACAUCCUGCCCGAGCUUGGGGUGCGGCUUGAAGAUCACGAAGGAUUGCCGACUGUGGUCAAGCUGGGGGACAGAGAAACCCUACUGAGAGAGCGAGAGGAAAAGAAAAGGGUUGAAGAAGAGAAGAAGAAGAAGAAAGAGGAGGCUGCCAGGAGAAAACAGGAGCAAGAAGCAGCCAAGCUGGCCAAGAUGAGGAUCCCACCCCGUGAGAUGUUCUUGUCAGAAAGUGACAAAUAUUCCAGGUUUGAUGAAAAUGGUCUGCCCACACAUGACACAGAAGGCAAAGAGCUGAGCAAAGGGCAAGCCAAGAAGCUGAAGAAGCUCUUUGACGCGCAGGAAAAGCUCUACAAGGAGUACAUGCAGAUGGUUCAGAAUGGAGCCUGCAAAUGAAAAGGUAUUUCCUGGCUGUGUAGACGGAGGGGGACGAGCCUCAUUGCCGUGAGCACCCCAGAGCCAGAGCCGAGGCACCCUCUCCUUGGAGAAGCGGCCCUUCCAGGUCUGGAGCGAGAGCACAAGGAGACUUUGAGCCAUCUGGUGCCCCAGAAGGGAAGCUCUGAGACUAACGAGUCAUGUCAGAAGGACAGAGGGACAGACUAGUGACAGCCGGAUGGAUCUCAGUGACAUUGUGCUGAGUGGAAAAGCCAACCUCAGAGGGUCGUGUGGUGCAUGAUUCCAUUUAGAUGACAUUCCCAGGGUACCAAAACUAUAGGGGUGAAGAGCAGAUCAGGGGUUGCCAGGGGUUAGGUGUGAUGAGAAAGGACAGCAGGAGGGGUCCUUGUGGAGUGGGGGGGCAGCCCUGGGCCUUGGCUGCAGAGGUGCUGUCUGGGUGGGGCCAGAGACUCCACGUUCCCUCCCAUCUCCCAGGUGGUGACUGAACCACUGGCUGGGCCCCUUGAGGACCAAGGCAGUCCGUCUCACUUCCUGCGGCAUGCAGCCCCAGGCACAGGGGCACAGGCAGGGAGGCCGCCCAGCAGCAAGCAGGUGCUCCAGAAGGCAGGGCACUCCACAGGGCCCCGAGGUAGGUCUGCAAGGAGGCCCUGUGGAGGCCGCGGUUGUGGGUGGAGACUUGAGAAGCAGCCACCAUGCACAGCCUCCAAGCCUCAAUUGAACAACCACCCACAGGCCUUAGGGAAAAUGUGCAUCGGGACUGAGUCUGGUGUGAUGGUAAGGAAUUUUGGUUAAUUUUGUUAGUGUGAUCAUGGCACUUGUGUCCACAAAUGUCCUUUAUUGGGGACGAAGUGGCUUGAGGCCCUUACUCAGUGUUAUUCAGCCAGGAAAGCUGCUGAAGCAGAUUGUACAGUGCUUGCUGUGUUGGGUGCAUAGCUAGGUCACCUCAACACCAUUCGGGGUUCCUGACCAAAUGUUCUUUGUCACAUGCCACCAGGAAGUGCUCUUGUCUUUAGUGCAGGACGCAGGCCCUGCCCUGCCUGGACACUUGGAAAGCCGGGGUGCCUGGGCUGGUGGCCUGGGGGGCCAGGCUGUGGCCCAUGGCUUUGUGUCCUCAGGAGGGUCCCUCUGGCACCUUUACAGGUCUUCACCAUCCCACCCCGCACUCUGUCUUUGUGCAGCAGAUCCUUCUGGAACAAGAUAGGGUGGGAAAUGUUUUAACUUGUAUGAUAUUAAUUUGUGAGAAGUGUGUUCGUGAAACCUCUUCCAGCUUAAGGAGCCAGAUUUGUCUUCCCACUGCUCCCCAAAGAGAAGUCUUUGAUGUUUUCAUUAUAAAAAUAUCAGAUUCACUAUUUAAAAAUCAAAUCAUGCAGAAAAUGAUCAGUGUAAAGUAGAGACUGUGUCCCAGGAGCCCUCUCAGAGAGCCUCUAAGAGCCUGGGGACUGCCUCCCAGACCCCUUCCUUGUCAGCGGGUGAGGAUUCCAAAUACCCUGUGUCAUGCAUCCCUCUCUGUUGCACAGAACAUACUGUGGAUGUUUCCUGAUGUCAAUACAUGAGAGAUCUGCUUCAUCA